AUUUAAAACUUACCAUAUGAGAAACUGAUGUAUUCUUCUUGUUCUACUCAAAUCGAGCUGAAGCUUUUCAGGUUGCACUAUAAUUUCAAAUAUACUGCUGGUACAGUACACUUCGACACUUAUUAGUAAACAUGUAAACAGAAACACAUUGGAAACUCAACACUGAAAACAUGUUCACAUCAAAAUUCACAAGUUUGAUCCAAAACAAAAACAUUCUAGGAAGGUCAUUAUUUUCUCGUUCUAAAAAACCCAGUCCAUCGUGUCCACCAAAAGAGGAGAAAAAACCAUGCGAUUGCCCACCUCCAAAAGAACAUAAGGAGUGUCGAGAUGACUUUAGCAAGCAGCUUAUGUCACAGAGAUUGAUUUCAGAUCAACAUCAAUCUGAAAUUGAAAGCGCUAGGAAGAAAUGGCGGUUUAUCACGUUGUUCAUAGCUUUGCCGUUGAUCAUCGCUCUCUCACUGUCAACUUUGCUAAUGGGGGAGAGUGAGCACACUAGGCCACCCUAUGUUGAAUACGAGUACAUGUAUCGCAGGGUGAAACCUUUCUUUUGGGGUGAUGGCAAGAAGUCAUUCUUCCACAAUCCUUGCUUGAAUCCAGUGCCAGGAAUAGGCUACGAAGAUGAUAAAUGCGAGUGGAUGCAACACAAAGCGGUCGUCGAAGAGGAAGAUGAAGAAGAGCCAGAAGAAAGUGCUGAAAACAAACCUGGUGAAACUACAGGUGAAAGCAAUGGAGAGAAUGCUGAAGAUGACGAACCUGGAGAAGAAUGAAGGAGGAUUUUCUUACAAGGUGACAUCCUGGAACAUCGGAAUCUGUACACUCUCGAUUUUUUUAAAAAUAUUAUACUGGAAAAUAUCAUGUAAUUGUCGAUCAGAUUAAAACCACGAAUGGCGAUGAAUAUUUUCCACUUCCUUGACAAAUGAUCUUAAUCAUCUUCAGCAAAAACGUAGAAUUUUCUCACAAGGUUGCACUUGGAGCAUCGGAAUCUAUACACUCUAGAAAAUUUACAAAUAUUAUACUAAUAAAUAUCAUGUAACGUGUUGAACAGAUUAAAACCACAAAUAGUGAUGAGUA